GAAAGGUGGGGAGGGUUGUUGCCGGAGGUUUCGGGCUGCCCGCCGGCGUGCCGUGAGAGCGGAGGGCCGACGGCGGCCGGUUGCAGUGCAGGCUCCUAGAUAUGGAGAUGGUGGUGAGACCGAUCCUCUUACUGCACAAACUGUCGUUGCCCGGCCUAAGCACGCCGUGGUAUCGAUCUUAGAUUUUCGCAUCUACUUGUUCAGAGGAAGCGAGAGCUGGCGAUCCUGUUGCAAUGGGGGUUUGCCGGGUUGGGAUUCGCACGGAUAUGAGGUGGGUUAGGGUUCGGGUAGCAACGGAUUCACUUGCUGGAAGCUGAAUAUAUCGAGGAACCACCACAUUUGGGAGGGAGGGUUUCAGCCUCUCAGGGUUUAGACCUAGGCUUCGUGUCGCGAUAAACUAGCCACUGGGGAUUCAGUAGUAUCGCUCUGGAAGAAGAAGGGCAUGAGUUCUGGGGAGGUGCCAGAUCAGAGGAGUGCCGAGCGCGGCCAUUUUAGAGUUGCCUGUCACUGACUGACCACUGUGCCUGACGGACAGUGAGAAAAUCACCAGACUGGAUCACUAGAUGUUCGAGCACAACGCACCUGGUUUUUCUGAUCACAGACCACUGUGUUUAGUCUGUGGAAAUUUCUUCCAAGUCAGAUCAUGACUAGGUUGAUUCUGUCCUUUGUUCUUCAACGGAAACACAACCAUUUCAGCUUAGUCACUGGGCAUUGGGCAGUGGGUUAUCUGGUAAGGAAGGAAUCUCCAGUAUUUUCAUUGACGAUUUGCCAAAAUGACGGAAGAAGGUUUAACACAGUUCACUCAUCAUGAUGUAAAGCAAGCAACCAGUUUCGUUUCACCUUUUCUAUUUGACCUGACAACAAAGCAUAACAAGUAGUAACUAGACAGUUGCAGGCUGUUAUACCUGUCUGAGAAUUUCAUUUCUCUGAUGUUCAAGCCCCUUCUAGUCUUAAAUAUAUUUUCUUGUUGUGCAGCAGCUCCACUCAAAUGCAGGCGUACAAACUUGUACUCCUUCUACGCAUGUUCCAUGCCUUGGUGGUAUUGCGGACGAUUACGAAACACGGUGUUCAGUAAAGAGUGUCCACGAAGUCAUAUCCCAAUUCGACUCAGCGAAGCGGGAGCUGGUGAAGUCUAUUGGGUUUGGUGGUCUUUUGCAAUUUCCUGCGCUUACAGAGAUCAACAGGAACUUGGCUGUUUGGCUACUAAGAAAAGCAGAUGUGAAUUCACAGAGUAUUGUGAUUGAUCACAGUCGCAUCUUUACUUUCAGCAAGGAGGACGUUAAACUAGCGUUUGGGAUUCCUGCAGCUGGUAAAAGAGUUAUGCAGAUAGAAUCUGGUUGCCCAGGUAGCCAGGUCGCAUAUGUGCGUUCUUGCCUUAAUUUGACUGGCAAGGAUUCCAGGUGUGAGAAAGCAGCACAGGAGGUUCUGCAGAGACAGUACUACACUGCAAUGCAUGCAGAAGAAAAGGCCUCUUUUAAAGUGGCAUUUGUGGUUUUUUUUUUUGUGAUGGCAACGCUGUUUGCUCCUCCUUCCAAGCAUGACCACUCCAGAACUGAUUUUUGGGCAGCCCUAGGGAGGCCAAAUGAGAUUGGAUCCUAUGACUGGAGCUCAUACGUGAUAGGUCAUCUGCUAUUUGCUGCUGCGAAAUUGCAGAGUGAUCUUACGAAGAAUAUCCACUCGCCUUUAAUCACUGGAUGCAUCUUGUUCUUACAGGUACUUUAUCUUGGCAGUAUUGACCUUGGCGUCCUCAACAUGCCACACAAUAGCUUUCCAAGAUCUCAAUGGUUCACUCCUGAACGCAUAAGAGCAAUGCUUGCUGCAGAUACAGUUCACAACCUUAGAGGCAUGGUCAACAUUGAGUUUGGUGCUUCGACGCCAAGGCCUUCAGCUGAAGUAUGCUACACGUGGGCGAAAAUGAGUGGGAGAGCCCAGCAACACUCCACCACAACGAGAUUGUUUGAUGCAGCCAUGCAUUGGGUAUCAGUUUUGAAUAUAAGUGAAGAGGCCGCAAUAUCCAUUUUCUUUGCAAUGAUGCAAAGCCGGGAAAUAAUAAAUGAUAAAAUUGACGAGUUGGAAGUUAUUCUUUUCGACGUUAUUUGUGUCAUUGUGAAGAGCUACCAAAAUGGCUUCAGGUACUGCUCGCCAAUUGGAGGCAUGAAGCGUGCAUUGGUUGGAGCUGAAAUAGCGUCGAAUUUGCGUUCUUUCUAUAUACCUUUCUCUCUCUUACACACUGGUUGUAUCAAUACUUGCAUGGAUGCACAAUACCGCUGACUCUGCUGAUGCUAUUGCUGGUGGAAUUUUGUGCAUCCUUUUUACCAUGUUUGCACCUACUAUGGAGUUUCAUGUGCCAGUGUCCUACAUGGUUGUCUGUCCUUGCCAAUGUGUUCUUGACAUUCAUCAUUAUUCAUUUGUUACCAGAUCCAAGCUCCAGGAUGGAGCGCCCCGCAUUUUCACGGUACCUUCAAAUGCAGAAUCCGGAUGGAAAGGAUACAACUUUUCCUGAUGCCUGCCCAUCCCUGAAAACUUCCCAAUCUAGAGCUACAAUGAAAGGACCAAUGCCAGGUGUUGACCUUAGGUUCUACCACAGCUCCAUCAGACCAGCAGGUCUUCCCCUUGGCAGUGAUGUUAGCUCGGCAUUCCACCCAAUCCAUGACCUGCAGAUCGACAAUUCUCCACGAGAGCUCACACUACCAGUAGCACAAGAAGCUACCUGGGAAGCGUGCUCACCCUCCCAGACUCAGCAGAAUUCUUCAGUGCACAAAAAAUGUUUGCCUGCUUUUGUCAACAACGUUACGUCCGAAUCUUAUGUUUGGUCAAUGCAGUCCAAAUCAAAAGCCAGAGUCCAAUCACUUGCGUGCGAAUUCCAGGAAACGGAUUCUCCAGUCAUGAAGAUAAAAGUUUGUAAAUACUACUCGCCACCAACCCCAUGGCAACUCGGACAGAAGGAAGAACCCACUCAGAACUCUGCAUUGGAAUUCUACCAGUGGAUGACCACUCUGCAGCCUCGUCCAGCCAUAACCGCGCCUUGGUUGAUGCAUUUCAAGCCAAAGUUUAUUGAACUGGCCCCGGAUGAUAUUCAUGGACAGAUAACAGCACAGGCUGAAUUUGACGUCGAUUUCAUGGAUAUCUGCAUCCGGCGUAUUAAACAGAUGGAUGGCGCGCUGUAUGGCGCACACGUUGACUCUCGUUGGCGCCAUCUAAUGGAAUCUGACUUCAUGGUGCGGAUGAAAUGCAUUUUCCCAACUGUUCUUUACUUGCCCUUCUUGCUGGGCGGAGUCUUACACAAUCUCCUUCAGUUCGCAAGCAAUUCAUGGGGGACCACCUGACAUAUGCCGUUCCCAGUUGUAGAUGUAUAUUCUUCCAGGCUAUAGUUAAUCAGAGGUGUUUUUUCUAUGUAUGGGACCUUGGUGAGAAUGAGGUUAUGGUAUACGAUCCAUCGAUGCUGAGAGAUAUGUGAUCAAGAAGCUAGGAGAAGCCAUGGGAGAAUGUGCUAAAUUUUUCUUUGACGGUUGGACGCAAUCUUGGUCCGAUCGGAAGCUUUUCAUAUGUACAAGCAAUCGGUUAGAGACCCACCUCAUAAGUACGUCCCUGGUACAGUUCUGCAGAUGCUUUAAUGGAUCCAGCAUCACCCCCAAGCUGACAGUGGUGAGACUAAAACGCAAACACUUCUGUAUUAUGCUGUAAUAUAGUUUAGGACCAUACCAUAUCAUAUGUAUUAGCUUAGGAGCAGGAAUACCCUGACAAUGCUGAUGUUUCCGCAACUAAGUGCUCCGGUUUUAAGAAUGGUAGUUGGACGGCUAUUUGUUGCUCAAUCUGUGUACAAAACUUAGUUUUUUACGCCAGCAACACUCUCAGUCGU